UAGAUCUGGGCGUGACGGAAGAGGAACCAAUUCCAUGUACACUGAUAUUACUUCUAUUACCCAGCAAGUAAUAAAAUAGCUAGGUAAUAUUGUUUCUUAAUGAAAGGAACAAAGUGAAAGUUCGUACAGCUGCAUUAAAUCAUAUCAAAACCCAGCGUGUCGUCUCACAUUCCUGCCCUGACAUCGAUUGAAACUUGCACAGUGAAAGUACCUCAAAAUGGGAAAUUCAAGAGACGACAGCCUGGAGCAGGCAUCUUCAGAUUGCCGAGACGUUCAGAAACGAACUGCCAGUAAACUGCGAAAGCUUGCGGAGGUGUUGAGGGAGAAACAGAGGCAGAUGAAUAUUGCUAAAGUCUCCUUCCACUCUGCUGGGAUUGUUUCGGGUGGAUUAUCUAUCGCAGGCGCCUUUCUCGCUCCUUUCACUGGUGGUCUGUCCAUUGCACUUAUUGUCGCAGGUGGAGGGAUAGGAGUAGCUUCCGGGGUAGGAGAUCUAACUACCCAAGCAAUCGAGUUCAGUGUCGUUAAUGAAGCAAUAGAAAAAGCACAAGAGGAACUGGAUCGGCUGAGUGGGAAACUGAACAAAUUAGUCGAAGAACUAAAAAUUCAACUUAAAGCCUACGGAAUGUCAGAAGAUGAAAUUGGGCACAUGAUUUUUAAAGUUGGCGUCAUCGGAUAUCAGGCCCAUCAGCUUCAUGAAAACAUCAAGAAGGCACUUGACAUCGUAAGAGCAGCAUCCCAUGCUCAGAAGAUUGCACUAUCCCUGGACGGAGGACAGGUUGUUGCUGAUGCUGUUGAAGGUGCCAUGGCCGGAGCGACAGCAAAUCCAAAACUCGCAGGUGGCGUUGCUGGUUUUAAGGCUCUCAGCAAGGGCGCUAAAGUUCUCCGUGCAGCAGGUCCUGUUGGGUCCGCAGUCGGCAUUGGCUUGAGCAUUAAAGGACUAUUUGAAGACGGCAUCAGACUUCACAACAAUGUGUCUGAAGUGGCAGAUGUCAUUAAUAAAAUGGCUAACAAAUUGGAAGAAUGCUAAACAGCCUCGAACUGUUAUUAACAACAGUGUUUAUAUGGAAAUAUUAUUUACUGGACAGUUUAGGUAGAUACAUAUAGAUCGGUUUCUCAUCUCGCGGUACGAGGGGGAAUAUGUCUCGUCGUUUCAUAUCAUGGGAGAGACAUUGUAUAUAAUUUCACAAAUGACAUAUCCUCUAUAUUAUCAUAUUACCAUAACAGUUCCUCUUCAUGUGUAUGCGCCUGUUGACAUGGUAUUAAUAUAUAACAACCCUAAAGACUACAAUGUCUGGAUGAAUGACAUCUGUUUUGUCAUGCAAAAUAAUAUACAACUGAUGUGUUCAAGCUAUUAUAUGAAGGUCGUGCACAUGUUUAUAUGAAGGGAGCAAUACAAAUACAUUUUUGUGUUUCAUAUUAAAGAUUAUGAUUGACAGUUA